AUGUCUCCAGACGAUCCCAAAGCUCCCUCCUAUAUUCAUGGCCACAGUCCCUCUGUCAUCCGUGCCCACUCAGCGCGCACAGCAGAAAACUCCUGCGCCUACCUGCUCCCACAUCUCACGUCUUCAAUGAGAAUUCUCGACAUAGGCUGCGGCCCAGGCACAAUAACAUGCGAUCUCGCAUCCCUCGUCCCGCAAGGCCAUGUCACCGGUAUAGACAGUACAGACAGCGUCCUCGAACAGGCACGGGCAUGUGCUAAUGAACGCCAUCUCGAUAACGUCACUUUUGCUGUCGGGGAUAUCUACGCCUUGGACUUCCCAGAGGCGAGUUUCGACGUCGUACACGUGCAUCAGGUGCUCCAGCACCUCGGCGACCCUGUCCAAGCGCUCAAGGAGAUGCGGCGGGUUGCGAAGCCUGGCGGGCUUGUGGGGGCGCGUGAGGCGGAUAUUGCGGCGUCCGUAUGGUAUCCGCCCUCCGCCGGUCUCGACACCUGGUGUGAUACGUACCUUAAAGUCGCGAAGUGGACGGGCGGGAUGCCGGAUACGGGGCGCAGGCUGAAGGAAUUGGCGAGGCUGGCGGGAUUUGAAGUAGGAGGCGUUACGGUGGGGGCGAGUACGUGGUGCUUCAGCUCGCCUGAGGAGAAGGCUUUCUGGUGCGGGACAUGGAAGGAAAGGGUAAGAGGAAGUGGGUUUCGGGGAAAGGCGAUUGAAAGUGGCAUUGCGGGGCAGGAGGAUCUAGAGAGGAUAGCAGAGGCAUGGGAUGCGUUCGAGUGGGAGGAGGAUGGAUGGUUUGUAGUAGUGCACGGGGAGGUGCUGUAUCGCGUGUAA